AUGACUAGCAUCAAAUACAGAGACAUUACGCUUAUUACCAAAGACAUAAACAAAGCUAUCAAUGAACUCUAUACACUGGACACAUUUGAUGAAGGAGCAGUUGAAAGAAUUUAUCAAGACAUCAGAGAUACACUGAUUGAAACAAACGUAUACUCAUCAGAUCAUAUCAUUGAUGCCAUACAGAUUGUAGCCAAAUACAACACCAAAUAUUUUCGCUCAUACUUAAGACUUUUCAAGAGGGUACUCGAUGAAUACCAUCCAAAGCAACCAAAAGAGAAAUCUCCUGUCUUCAUGUACUUUCUAUAUAAGGAAUACAAUAUUUUGGCAUUUGAUACCAAAUUGGAAGACAUCAAAAAUCUUGAAACAAAGAAUUAUGUCAUGGAUGUUCAUGAGAAAAACACAAUUUUCAGAGCAAUCAUGUAUGACAAGAAAGAUUCACUUCUUGCUCUAACAAGGAGAGAUAAAUACGAUGAAACUCUUAAACUCAAAAGUGAUUUUUAUCCUGAAUCAGAAAAUGGAUAUUCAUUACUCGAAUUGUCCUGUUAUCAUGGAUCAAUCAAUUGCUUCAGGUUACUCAUAAACAAAUUCAAGAUCCCAAUAACAAGAACAUGUCUCAAUUUUUCAUUUUUGGGAAGAAGUUCAGUCAUCAUGCAUGAAUGUGUGAAAAAGAUAAUACCAGAUCAAGACUGUAUGAAGCAUGCAAUUAUUUCACACAAUGACAUCUUUGUCAAAUAUUUGAUGAAUAAAUAUUGCAUCAAAAUUAAUGAGGACUUUUGCGCAAAGAACAAUAACCUUCAAGCAUUGCUGUUAGUGAUUGAUCAAACCAACAAUAUUGAUCAAUGA